GUUAUGCUCAGAGAUAGUUUGAGGUGCAUGUGUUAUCAGACAUGUCUAAACAAUUACACAAGAAAUGUAUGCUAAUUGUGAAUUGACGUUAGAAUUUAACCAGCUCUUUAUUAGCGAUUUUUCAAACAGGGUCCCAAGUUUUGCUCGCUAUUACUGGGCUCUAUUGAAGUAAACGGUCGAGGUUUAGCUAACCGUCGCUAGCUAACUUUACUUCAGAACCAUAACUAAUGUCUGUCUGCUGAACGACACAAUGUUGGCGACCUUUGUGAGAGUUAAAAGCCCUCGGUGGCUGUCUCCGGACACGUUUUUACGAUUCAUAUUAGGAAACGAAGUAAGAAGAAACGAGUUGAGCUUGCUCAGUCACGGUUCUCUAGUGUCAGCGGCGUGGAGGCGGAAAGUCACCGGUGCUGUCAGGGAUGUCAGCACCGCUUGUCCGCUGUGCGCCAAAGUCCGAGGAAAGCCGAAGAAGAUGGAGAUGUCAGAAAAGAAGCUGACCCGUCACUUUGUAGACCAUAGGCGUGUGAAGCUGGUGGCAGGGUCAGGCGGUAAAGGGGCCUGCAGCUUUCACAGUGAACCCCGAAAAGAGUGGGGUGGACCGGAUGGAGGGAAUGGAGGUGAUGGAGGAAGCAUCAUCAUCAAGGCUGACCGGGUUGUCAAGUCGUUGGCGCACAUAAUUCCAGUUUACAAGGGAGACGACGGGCAAUCAGGAGGCAGCAAGAACUGUUACGGCAAGAAUGGCAGCACAACCUAUGUUUGUGUACCAAUAGGCACUGUGGUGAAGGAACAGGGAAAGACAGUCGUGGAUCUUUUGGAGCAUGGCCAGGAGUAUCUGGCUGUAUUUGGAGGGGCCGGUGGAAAGGGAAAUCGAUUCUUUCUGUCCAAUGAGAUCCGUGCCCCAAUGACAACGACCCCAGGAAUGGACGGCCAGGAGAGGGUCCUUCAGCUAGAGCUCCGCACCAUGGCCCAUGCUGGACUGGUGGGGUUUCCUAAUGCUGGGAAAUCAUCGUUGUUGAGAGCCAUCUCCAACGCCAGGCCUGCUGUGGCCGCUUACCCUUUCACAACGCUCAACCCACAUGUAGGAAUCGUCAAGUACAGGGAUCAUGAGCAAGUUGCAGUUGCUGACAUCCCAGGCAUCAUUCGAGGAGCUCACCUAAAUCGAGGCCUGGGCAUCUCUUUUCUACGUCACAUAGAGCGCUGUCGUUUCCUCCUCUUUGUUGUGGACCUGUCGAGUCCGGAGCCCUGGACCCAGCUCCAGCACUUGCGUUAUGAGCUGGACCAAUAUGAACCUGGUCUGUCUCAGCGGCCUCAUGCCAUCAUAGCCAACAAAAUGGACCUACCAGAGGCCCAGGAGAAGCUUGAGACUCUAAAGAGCCGCGUCAGCCAGCGGGUCAUCCCCAUGUCAGCUCUCACAGGACAGAACACAGAGGAGCUCAUCCUCCACCUCAGAGAGCUGUAUGACAGCUACCUCCAAGGAGAAGGUAAUAGGGAAGGGAAACCCACGAGGUGGUAGUAAAAAAUAUUUCCUCUUGCUCUACUGAUAUUGCUUUGAUACUAAGUAUAUUUAUAAUGGACGAUAUAGAAUGUAUUUAAAUUGCUACAUAAAUAUAUAAACAAAACAAAACCCAAUGUUUGUUAUUUUAUGAAUGAUUUACAGCACAUUGCUUAAUACACUGAAACAUUUUUUGGACUUCUUGAAACCUUUAAUAUAUCUUAUGACAGCUUUAUGCACACAACAUGUACAGAUUUUAACAAAAGGUGACAUUGCAUGUCAAGAGUAGUCAGUACACUUUUCAAUGGUAAGAUUAACAAAUGCCUUUGAGAGUCAAGAGCUGUUAAGACAAAUAAGUCAUUAAAAUUAAUUACUAUUAAGGGAUAUUUCUGUGUCUAAAGAUUCCAAGAAUAGUUUUGAGAAAACUCUGGCUAUCAAAACUGGAGACUGCAGAUUAACUGGGACACAAAGUCAUUUACACUAUUUGGUCAUUUUCUCUGUGCAAUAAAGAGAGUGUAGACCGAUAAAAUAGAUGAACAAAAGACAGUAUAGAGGCAUGCAAGUUUUAAAUGCUACUUCUAAGUUUUGUUUAAUUUCACAAUGUGUUCUGACAAUUUAUUGAUUUAUUGAGAUUACAGCUGUAGAUUUGUCACGAAUAAACAUAAUCCCUAAAUGAACCAGCAGAGGGCGUGUCACAUAAUUUUAGAUAAAUUAAAUUUUUAAUGAACCUUUCAGUAAAUAAAGCUCUGUCAUUUCCAACUGGUGACGUUGCUGGGUCUGUAAUGUUGCUCGUUCAAUCACUGCCUGUACAGUAAUUCAGCAAAUUGUGCUUACUGGAAACAGGAGAGAGUGAAAUAUUGAAAUCAAUGCAGUGAGCUGAUAGAUAAGCAAAAUGGAAGCAAACUGUUGUGCAUUGUGCCAUGGUGCAUUGGCUAUCAUUCCAGGGGGGAACUGGAUUAGGGUGAGGCCUUGGAUAUUUACUGGGCACUGCUGCUGCUGCCCUUAACUUGAUUUACAGCCUACGCAAGCAUAAUAACUCAGAUGUGUACUCACAGAUUGAUUUACCAGCAGCCCUGAAUUGAUGUGUAUUUAAUGAUCAAAUGCUACUGGUGUGUUGUGUUUAGGUAGUUCUCAGUAAAGCCUGAAUGUCUCAAAGACCUCAGGUUUUGAUGCUGUGCUGUGCGGUAAGCCUGCACUCAGAUAAAUGGCAGCGUAAAAAAGAGGAAUAAACCAAAUGGGUCCCACUGUCAGCAAGGGAAUAAUAAGAGCUUUUUUACUGCAUUCCGGUUAAAACUAGUUUCAGAGAUGAUUCAUACGUUAUAGUAGAUGGAGGAGCUGAGACAGAUAAAGGAUCCUAUCCUAACCCUAAUUGGAAGGAAAAGUUCAUGAAAAAGAACAUUGGGAAAUAAAUGGCCCGAACGCUGUACAAUUAUACUCAAGAGGUAAAAGCUUCAGUGAAAACCAGACGCUAUUGUGAUCUAUUGUCUUUUUAGUCGUAGGAUGGCCUAUGUCAGCCUCCUCUGGGACUGACAUUGUUAUGGAGGCUGCUGUGUCACAUAUUUCCUGUUGCCUUACAUGACUGAUGUAAGUUAGCUCCACUGAUGUUGUGACGAGUGCUGUACUUUGUGUUCUCCUGUAUGCAAUUUGUACUUGAGAGAGCUGUUCUGGUAUCACUUUUGUAUUUUAGUUUAUCUUGUUUUGAUUAGUUUUUUUUUUUUUUUUGGUGGUGUGACAUGAUUAUGAAGCGCUCUCUUUGCAGUAUGUGAGAGGAAUUGAUAAAAAGAGUGAGAAAUAGGCCAGAAUCCUGUAGGACUACCUUCGUCAACAUCCUAUAGAAAAAAUAUGAACAUAAAUGUUUGUAUCAUUUGAAUUAUGUCAUUUUCACUUGCAUGGACGAAAUUUUGAUUUUAGAGGUGGGGGGGACACAAGUAUUUUUAAUAAAGCGUAAAAUAAAAUAAAAAUGCAGGGGAAUUCUUUAAACCAUUUCUCUUGUAGAUGUAGGGUUCUGUUUGCAAGUUUUUGAACUGCGAUUUCCUUUGGAUUGGGCUGAUAUGGCUCAGUUACCUGAUCUGGCCCUGUUCUUCCAUCUUGUGCUCCUUUACUGCCUGAGCAUCUGCUGACCCCUGGCUGUUGCUGAUCUAGCUAAGAUAAACAUAACAGAAGGUGGAAUAACUAUGAGCAAUUUAUAAUUUAAUGAAUUACUAAUUAAUAAUGACAAU